CAGUGGUGGUGGUGGGAGAUGCCCGGGCGGCCCACAGAGGUCCAUGUGGCGCCCUAGGUGGGAUGCUGGCAUCCUGAAGGCUGAGGCCCUGGCCUUGCUCCCCUGUGGCCUGGGCAUGGCGUUCUCUCAGUCACAUGUGAUGGCCGCGCGGCGACACCAACAUGGCCGACUCAUCAUUGAGGUGGACGAGUACAGCUCCAACCCCACCCAGGCCUUCACCUUCUACAAUAUCAACCAGGGCCGCUUCCAGCCACCGCACGUGCAGAUGGUGGACCCGGUGCCUCAUGAUGCCCCGAAGCCACCUGGCUACACACGCUUUGUCUGCGUUUCUGACACCCAUUCAAGGACAGAUCCCAUCCAGAUGCCCUAUGGUGACGUGCUGAUCCACGCCGGGGACUUCACGGAGCUGGGGCUCCCGAGCGAGGUGAAGAAGUUCAAUGAGUGGCUGGGCAGCCUGCCCUAUGAGUACAAGAUCGUGAUUGCGGGCAACCACGAGCUGACCUUCGACCAGGAGUUCAUGGCUGACCUCAUCAAGCAGGACUUUUAUUACUUCCCGUCUGUGUCCAAGCUGAAGCCAGAGAAUUACGAGAACGUGCAGUCGCUGCUGACCAACUGCAUCUACCUGCAGGACUCAGAGGUCACGGUGCGUGGCUUCAGGAUCUACGGCUCCCCGUGGCAGCCCUGGUUCUAUGGCUGGGGAUUCAACCUCCCGCGAGGCCAAGCACUGCUGGAAAAGUGGAAUCUCAUCCCAGAAGGAGUUGACAUCCUCAUAACUCACGGACCGCCACUGGGCUUUCUAGACUGGGUCCCCAAGAAGAUGCAGCGGGUGGGCUGUGUGGAGCUGCUCAACACGGUCCAGAGGCGAGUUCAGCCUCGGCUACAUGUCUUUGGCCACAUCCAUGAAGGGUAUGGUGUCAUGGCGGAUGGGACCACCACCUAUGUGAAUGCAUCUGUGUGCACUGUGAACUAUCAGCCUGUAAAUCCCCCCAUAGUCAUCGACCUCCCCACACCCCGGAACUCCUGACUGCUCCUGACUCCAGCUCUGCCUGCCCACGUCAGUUCCGUACGUCUGGCUGAGAGCCUGGAUCCCCUAAUCCACUUCCUCCCAUGCAGAACAACCCAGACAGUCCAUCUGGCCAUGGGACCAGCCGGCAACGAGUAGAAUCCUUGGGAUAAAAGAAAUUGCCUUUGACUGUCAGCCUUCUGCCACUUGCAGCUGGGGCCUUGAGCAGCCCCGUCAGGGGCACCAUGCUCACUUUUCUUCUCUGUGUGUACAUCUGUCCUUCAUUCCAGGGCCUAACAGGCCUCACAUCCCUCGCUCUCACUUGGGAGAUGACGGAAGCUCAGUCCGACACCCUCCUGCUUUGAGAAGCCACUACUCCUGGAUGAGAUUUGGGAAUUUUCAUACAAAAUGUCUUGCUAUCCAAGUGUGUCUGCGUGGCUAAUGAGCCCCAAGGUUGUGUGUGUGUGUGUGUGUGUGUGUGUGUGUGUGUGUGUGUGUGUGUGUGUGUGUGUGUGUGUAUGGUCUGGGCACAGACAGCCCUUCUGUGGCUGAAGGAAAGGAGACAGACCUGUUCCUUGUGUGCAGGAGUUCUGGAGUGGUCAGGGACAUCUCAGGAAUUCCGACAGCCCCAGCCAGGCCUACAGCAGUUGGCUUAGCUCAAUCCCCUUUCCUUCCUUAGGGCCUGGCUGCUGAUGUGGACAAUGGCCAAGUGUCCCCAGCUUCUGCUUACAGCCUGGAUUUGG